AAUGAAAUGAAUGGCAAAUUAGUGAAGUUGAGUGAUUGGCUGUUUCGGAUAUUCAGGCUUCAAUCUCUCUAAUCUGCGAUUCUGCGCAGAAACUUUCUAUAACAACAUUUGCUGACUUGUACACUUCCAAACUUACCUUUUCAAUGAGGAAGCAAGACGUUGUUUGAGGCUGGGACUGAGUUACCUUUUCAAAUUUUUUUUUUUUUUUUUUUAUUUUUUUUUUACAAUAAGAUUAUCAUUAAUUAUACGAGCACACAAUUUGUAUCUCCUACUGGUAACUGAAGUGUAUUUGAUGAUGGAUUUGUCAGAGUCAACAAAAAUAGUAUCGAGUCGAAUACAAGAGAUAGAGCCAGAGCAUGCCUCAAAGAUUGUAGGAUACUUGUUACAAGACGAUGGUGAUCAGGACAUGAUUCGCCUCGCUUUUAGCCCCGAUAAUGUGAUUAGAAUUGUGAUUAGCAACGCAAAACAUACUCUUGGUUUGUCACCCCCUAAACAGCAACAGCAACAGCAACAGUUGCAGCAACAGCUGCAGCAACAUUUGCAGCAGCAGCAGCAGCAAAUGGUGUAUGCUUCACUGAAUAACCCCAUUCAGUACUGCAAUCCUUAUCAAGGUUUUCCUGAUUCUCGGGUUUACUCAACCUCGAGCAGGCCAUUGAGUAGUUGUAGGAAUGUCCAAAUAACCAAUGCCCUAGAGGAUCAGCUUCAACGGUCCUUGAAAUUUGAGGAUGAUAACUUACAUUUACGAAACUCAGUAAAUUCAGAGUUUCUUAACAAUGAUGGUUACCAUGAUCAGCCUGGAUUUGUUGUGAAUGGAACUUCUAGAAGGUUGCGGAGCUUGAUUGAGUUCCCCCCAAAAGUUUGUCAUUACUUCAGCAAGGGUUUCUGCAAGCAUGGUGACAAUUGUAUGUUCUUACAUAGUAGUAGUAGUAGUAGUAGCAGUAGUCUUGGAUCAAACAAUACUGGGUAUGGAAAUGGAAAUGGGAAUGGGAAUGGGAAUGAUGAUCAUUAUGAGUUCCGUGUAGGAUCACUUAAGAAGCUUGAAAUGGAUCUAAUCGAGCUUCUGAGAUCAAGAAAAGGAAACCCAAUUUCAAUAGCCUCAUUGCCAAUGCUUUAUUAUGAAAAGUAUGGUAGGAAUCUUAAAGCUGAAGGCUACCUUACCGAGAGCCAAAGACAUGGUAAGGCUGGAUAUAGCCUCACUAGGCUUUUAGCUCGGUUGAAGAACACUAUAUGUCUCAUAGACAGGCCUAAUGGACAGCAUUCAGUGAUCUUAGCUGAAGAUGCCUCAAAAUACUUGGAGUAUGGUAGUGAUAGAAAUGAGAAUGGUGGAAUUGUUCCAGGGUCUAGACAAAUCUAUCUCACUUUCCCUGCUGAAAGCUCAUUCUCUGAGAUUGAUGUGUCCAACUACUUCAACACCUAUGGUCUUGUGCAAGAUGUUAGGAUUCCUAGUCAAGAGAAAAGGAUGUUUGGAUUUGUUACCUUUGUUUAUCCUGAAACUGUUCGCAAAAUUUUGGCCAAGGGGAAUCCACAUUUUGUUUGUGGCGCUCGUGUUCUUGUCAAACCAUACAGGGAAAAGUCAAGGUUUGCUGACAGGAAACACACAGAUAAGGUACAGAGCUCGAUGCAGUACAAGUCACAUCUUUUCGAAGGAGAAGCUGAGUUUCAUUCUGCGGCAGCGCCAAGAGCAAGUGAUUAUUCAAGGCUAAUGAGACAGCAGUUCAUGUAUGAACACAAGGAGGCAAUUGAACUGGAGAAAACACGGCUAUCUGAAUCACAACUGCUGCCUGAACCAUCAGAGAGACUCCGAUACUUUGCUAACUCAAUCGAUGAACUGAAGCUUGCUCAAGAGUUUCCCGCCUUGGAGAAAUUUGAUUUCGGGUUUGGUAAUCUGAACAAUGGCUCUUCUAGUGAGGAUAACUUGAGGAAUGUGACCGGCAUCCAAGAAAGGGAGUACAAACUUAUGCAAAAUUAUGGCACCCAAGAAAGCAACCAAGCACAUAACCUCCCAGACAACCCGUUUGCAACUUCAGGAAGAAGAUAAAGUGAGACAUACAUAUAACACCUACCUACAUUACAAGGGUUAUUCGUCAACAAUAGUAGGUGUGGAUAAUUAAAUAACAGGCUAGGCUGAUAAGUUUCUGAUUAUAUUUCUAGACUUGCAGAAGCCAAUUGCUACAAGUGGUUUAAGUAGAUGCUAAUUGCUAACCGAUUCAUGGAUUUCGUUACUCAAGGCUAGGAGGGGGAGUACACUACAGAAUCGAGUAGAAUCAUACAGAUUUAAUCCUUCAGAAGAAGCUACAUUUUAUCUUCUUCUUUUGAUUCAAUAUAGAUAUAGCUUCGAACUGCUUAAGAUCGAAUCGAAAAUGUUAUACACUAGUAUAAUAAUGAACAACAGACUAGCUUACUGUUGCAGAAAGAUUUCUUCAUGUAAAAUCUAUGCCUUAAAUUACUAGAAGAAAUAUCAAGUAAAAUUCAUUUUUGUUA